CCCGAUCUCGAGGAUCCACUGUUACUCGGUGGGCUUGAGGUGGCCCAAGCUCCAUCUCGCGAGUGCCCCGCAACCUUUUUUUUCCCAUUCGGGAUUCAGCGACGGGAUGUGAGGAUUGGUUGCAGACAUCCACGCCGCACAAUCAAUCCGGAUUGAGAGCGCCUUCAGGACUCUUUCUGCGACCCUAUCCCCGAACUAGAAGGAGUGGGCAACCCAAAUUCCCUGCCAGCCGCGUCCCAGCUUCGACGCAGAUCCCAAACACGCCGACCCGCCGUCCGGCCUCAGGGAACACCCGAUAGUUAGUCCGAAGUGGGAUGCGAAAGCAGCCCAAAGCACAACUGACCGAAUUGUGAACAACCCGACCACCCCGCGAGACCACCACCACCACCACCACCGCCACCACAGAGCUUCCCCACAAUGCCGCUCGACACAUCGACGUACAAUCUCGCGCUCCUCCGCGUGGACGGGCGGAGAUGGAACGAGCUGCGCCGGGUGCACGCCCAAAUCCGCACGCAAGCCGCGGCCGACGGCUCCAGCUACCUCGAGAUGGGCCACACCAAAGUCAUGUGCGUGGUGACCGGGCCGAGUGAACCCGGGCCUCGCCGCGGCGGGGUCGGUGGAGCGGGAGGAGGCGGAGGAGGCGGCGGCGGCGCAGGCGGCAAGGCAGAGAUUGUCGUGGGCAUCGUGAUUGCCGGAUUCAGCUCCGUAGACCGGAAGCGGCACGGGCGAGGCGACAAGCGCACGCUCGAGCUCGCGUCGACGGUAGCCAACGGGCUGGCGGCGAGCCUGCACACGCACCUGUUCCCGCACAGCCAGAUCAACGUGUCGCUGCACGUGCUGUCGCAGGACGGGUCGCUGCUGGCGGCGCUCAUCAACGCGGCGACGCUGGCGUGCGUGGACGCGGGCAUCCCCAUGACCGACUACGUCGCCGCCUGCACGGCGGGCUCGACGUCGACCUACGCCGCCAAUGACGAGGGCGCCGACCCCCUGCUCGACCUGAACCACCAGGAGGAGCAGGAGCUCCCCGGCCUGACGGUGGCGACGCUGGGCGAGAGCGACCGCGUCGCGGUGCUGGUGUGCGAAAGCAGGGUCCAGGUCAGCCGGCUCGAGGGUAUGCUAGCGGUCGGAGUGGACGGGUGCAAGCAGAUGAGGGAGAUAUUAGAUAGGGUUGUUCGGGAUAAGGGCAGCCGGAUGAUACAGGAGGGGACGGUGGAGAAGGGGGUCGGGCUAGACGAUAUGGAAGUCGACUGAUGCUGGAGGUACGUCGGGUUGGGUUACGAUACAGGUACAUGCCUACUGU